UCCAAGGUUGACAAGUGAAAAUGUUCAUAAUGGAACGCUAGAACAUGGACUUGAAAAUGACGUGAAAUAUAAGCACACCUUAAGAAGAAUAUUUGAAGCAAAUGGAAUGCGGAAAAUCAACAUUGACCAUUUACUUUUACUCCCAUCUAAGACGGCAACGACUUGUUCCUUACAAAUUCCAUAGAAAAAAGAUAAAGACAAGAUUAUUUUCCUAUCAUAGCGUAGUACUUCCCUUCUCUCCUACUCAAAAUCACGUUCACCAUUCUCCCUUCACUCAUCUCUCAAACCAUGAGCACAAUCCACCAAACACACACUCGCCAAGAGAGUGAAGGAGACAAAGAAUUCAGUUUCUGGGGUUCAUCAAACACCAUACCUUCUCAAAAUAAUUGUGAUCGACCACAAGGCAAUGAAACAAGGCACAAUAAAAAAGCAGACUUUGGAGAAACAUACCAAAGAAAAAACAUUAAACUUGAGUAUUCAUCUUCUUGUUCUUCAAUUUCAGACCCUUCACGGCACAAAGCUGUUGCAGAAGGACAAAGAGAGCUUAUGGAAAUGAUGCAAGACAUUCCUGAGUCUGGCUACGAACUCUCUUUCCAAGACAUGGUGGUUGUAGACAAGCAGGUGUUGGGACCAGAACAGCCACAUCAAAGUGAAACUUCAUAUGACAACACACUCAUGCAAAGUAGUGGAAGUAAAGUUCAACUCAAAAGACUAAACAAGAAGAAAAACAGAGGCAAUAAUAGUAGACCUGGUCAGAUAUUGCGGGUUGAAAGCAUGGACAGUGAAACAUUCCUCCUCAAGUUGUUCUUUCCAAUUUCUCUUGAUUGGAUGAAGAAGGAUAAGGUGAAGAGUGGCUCCAAGAUUUCUCCAAGACCAUCUUUGCAGGAAUCUAUGAAACAAUUGGCAAAAGAAUGGAGAAUCAAAAGAUUUUUCCUUUCAGGAAACAAUAGAGACCAUGCUGGAGAUGGCAAAAUUCAAAAUAGUGACCGCAGCAAUAGUGACAUAAGCAGGUAUGUUGAUCACAGCUUCUCAUUGUCACAUGGUUGCUGUCCAUUCCCUCCUUAUGCAAAAAGCAAAACGAAGAAUCUGGGAGAAUAAAUCACUAAUAAUAUUCAUACUUCUUUUCCUGGAAGCUUGGGGUGCCAUGGGAAUUCACAAGAGUAAAAAAUGUGAAAUAAAGGAUUCGAGGGCAUGAAGAAUGCCACAGGGACACACCAUAGACUUUUUUGUUUUUGAUUUCCAGGUUUAGAUAGUAGUAAUGGCAUUCAUGUGCGUACAUUUGAUCAUUAAAAUUUCUCUUCUCGUGCUAUGUGAAAGAUGCUGGGAAACUUUCCAGGGCAUGUAAUUUAAGCCACAAGCUUUGCUUCUUUCACUGUAUCAGUUAAACAUCUGUUAGUUAAAAAACCAUAACCUUGUUAUAGUGAGUCAAGCAAGCAUAUAUAGUACGUAGCACGCUGCUAUGGACAUUUACCUUACACGCUCAUUGUUCUGUAGUCUCAUCAUAGAGAAUUAAGGACCACAAACAAGAUCUCUCCAUUCAUAACAGCACAAAUUUUGUAAUGUCAUAGGCUUAUAGCGCAUAACACAUGUGGAGAGUUUUGUAGUCUGUGUGGAAACUUCAGCUUUAUCUGAGUUGGUGUAUUUUGAAACUUUUGCCCUGUUCAGGCUGUUUGAGUGUUGCAUGUUUUUUCUUCCCACAAAUUAUCCUCAAUUCUUGUUUCUGGU